UAUUGCAAUUUUGUCAGAUUAUAAGAUAAAAGUGAAACAAGUCCGAAACCUAUUUUUGUGUCUGAAGACCAUCGUCGCGUUGGGCAAGAGAAACUCUCAAAUGGUUAAUGCCAUCAAAGGAGUGUUCAUCACCUGCGAUAUUCCGAUGGCACAGUUCAUAGUGAACAUGAACAAUUCGAUGCCAUCGUCUCAGAAGUUCAUUAUUCACGUACUUGAUAGUACUCACCUGUUUGUGCAGCCUCAUGUUGAGCAGAUGAUCCGCAGCGCUGUUGCUGAGUUUCGUGAUCAAAACUCUUACGAGAAGCCUACUUAAAUAAUACGUCACACCCCCAGUCCCACCCCAUCCAUCCAUCAAAAUGUUUUUUCUUUUUUUUUGGGGUCAGAUUAUAAGAUAUCGUCUGUCUUGUGUAAGAUUCGAUUAGAUUUCUCGUAUGCUCUUAUAAUGGGAGACUCGUGUCAAAUAAUCAGAGUCUAUUUUCUCUGGUUUUGUUUUGAUUAGUUGGACAGAAUACUGCUCUGUUGGGAAGGGAAAGAUGAUUUUGAGACU